UGAAGGGAUAAAAGUUCAUAAAAUGUCUUAAUGUGUCGUGCCUCAGAAUGUGUCCAUGCAAACUUGAUAUACAAUCGGAAAUCUCAGCAAUGAUUUACAGUGCAAUAGAGCCAUAGAGAUAAGGAGCUCUAACCAUGUCAGAACAUUUUAUGUGUUUCAAAAUAUUUUUAGCUGGUGCGCUUACAACAAUUUUUGUUAUCACUGGCCUGGAUGUUCGAUCAAUGCUGAAGUAUCCAUCUAACAACAUUAAAGGGAGAAGUGCCAUUCUGAACUGUGCCUGGACUUACAAUGCCAAUGAAUCUGUCAGUGCGCUAAAUAUCAUGAAAAAUGGCACAGUCUAUUUUUCAUGUGUUGAUUCUAGUCCCUAUUAUCCACUCUCGUGUAGAGCAAAUAACCCAACACUUUCAGAGAGGUUCACCACAACUGUUAACAGCCUUGGGGAUAUUUCCAUGAAUAUUGACAACUUAGAGUGCUCAGACGAAUCAACCUACACCUGUCAAGUUGUGUUGUCUCAGGCAGCUGGAGUUAAACAAGCAGAUGCCUUUUUAAGAAUAAAAAGUAAACCUUUUUUUUUCCAUUAA